AUGGACUCGGACAUCACCAACUUGAUUAAGCAUGCCAAUGCUGUGGCUGAUACACUGCCAAUGGGGGAUCUGGCAGACUCCGAGCGUCGACAAUUACUACAAGCCUGUGAUAGGCUCAAGACAAAGCUUGAGACUCCAUUUGACACUGUCGCUCGUCUAGCCUUCUCACCUCACCAAGCGAUUGCCCUGAGACUAGGUGUCAAUCUGAAAUUAUUCGAUGUGAUAGCCGCAAAAGCGGGUCAUUCUAACGAGCUAGUCAGUCUUGAUGAGCUUGUAGAUGCUACAGGUGCGGAGGCGUCGAUUGUCGCACGUAUAAUGCGGUUCCUAGCUGCUAUGUCCGUGGUCGACGAAGUAGACCAAGGCUUAUAUGCUCCGACGCCAUUUUCGGCUGCACUGGUGUCCAGCUCGCCAUUGUCGGCAGGUCUCAUUCACAGCACGCACUUUCUCUCUGUUCUGGCAAAACUCCCCGAGUACUUCUUAACUAACGGUUGGAAGAGCCCCGACGAUGCCUUUAAUGGACCAUUCCAGUUCGCCAUCGACUCGCCUCACUACUUCGACUUUUUGAGCUCCAACCCAUAUUACGGACAAGCAUUCAAUACAACCAUGGCUAUGUCAUUUCGUAGACGAGGUCAAGAUUGGUUUGAGUUCUUCCCAGUCGCUGAUCGGCUGCAAGUGCCAAGUGAUGACGACCCUCUGAUUGUGGACAUUGGCGGCAGCCAAGGUGAAGACCUCAAGAAAUUCAAGGCCCAGUUUCCUGCCCUAUCAGGCAAACUCAUUCUGCAAGACUUACCCGCAGUAGUGCAGGGUGCGCAGGACCUUCCUGCAGGGAUCAAAGUCCAAAAACAUGAUUUUUUCCAUGAACAGCCAGUGAAGAAUGCCAAGGUCUACUUUAUGCGGACUGUCCUGCAUGACUGGCCGGACAAGCAGGCAGCACAAAUUUUGGGGCGAGUUCGGGAGGCAAUGGGCCCUGAUUCUAUUCUGUUGAUCAGUGAAUUCAUGCUUCCGGAAUCGGGUGUGUUGUUGUCGUCUGUUCUGUCGGAUAUGCAGAUGAUGGGUUCCUUUGCUUCCCUGGAGCGUACCGAGGCACAGUGGAGGGGGCUACUUGAGAAGGCGGGGUUCGAAUUGGUUCAUACGUGGUUGCCGGAUGAAUGCGAUAGAAGUGCACAAUCCUUAGCAGACCAGCCGGCAUUAUUCGAAGCUCGAAGGAUUUGA